AUGUACCUCAAGCAGCUCACAACACUGAUGUUGAACAAACCUCCAACGUCUAUAUCAUUCGAAAACGUAGGGAUUCGAAGUUUGAUGAUCGGUCUAACUGUGGGACGGCACGUCCUAUCUGGCACCCAGGCUCAGCAAAACCACGCGGCGUAUCGCAACGGCCGUGAGGAAUCUUUGGGGGGUAACCAUUCUGAGUACAGCAAUAAUCUCAACCGCCAACCAACCCGGUCACCAUCUGUUUCCAAAGAUUUUGUGGGCUGGCCUUACGCAGGUGCCCUGGUUUCGACUCCGGCUCUUUCCAUCGGUUCAACCUCCUCUUCGCCUUCCAUGCGCUUCACUCCUCUAACUCCUACGAUGACGCAACCUGCAUUUUACAUGACUGUUAAUGAAAUUGUUGAACUCUUACUCUUACUCAUUCACUAUUAUAAUUUACAAAUUAUGGCACGUGUAUGUGACGAUGUUGCUUUAUGGGGUGUCAGAGCUGCGGGAAAUCACGACGAAGAUUGUAUCAUAUGUUAUGACUACGCUCAUCACGUCAGCCAAUCAGCACUACGCCGCCAAAUGCGACUUCAAGAGGCCAAUCGCCAAAUGGAAUUGGAGAAGGCCAAACGCAUCUUAAGAUUGCGUAAUCAAAGCAAGCGUCGCAGUCAAUUCCGGGUCUUGCGCGAAGCGCUGUACCUUCUCACCACAUACGAAGGGCCCUACUUACAAAACCCCGGUGACAAGAAACGGGCAGCCUUAUUUAUACGCAAAAAUAAUCUUGCUCCCCUGAUUACCGCAGAUUUUGCGAUUGGGGAAGAGAAGUGGGAGUGGAUGGACCGACGUGUGGCCAGUCGUAUCUACAUUAUGUAG